AUGAUUUUGCUGACUGCACCUCUCAUCAUCCGUGUUCCAAAUCAAAUAGGAAAACAGUCAGAGACCGCAGCAUUGCUGGGGAAAAUAUUCAGACAGGCAACUUAUUACAUUGACGCAGGGGUCGGUGCGUGCAAUCGACGCACUAAAUUCAUCUGCUCGCUUUGGACGGGCGGCACAGCAACAGUUUCCCUCAAUCGUGUCCCCCUCAAGAGGGUCUGCUACGCUACUGCUAACUUGCGAGUUGCCCAAACCGGUCCGAAGGUCACAGUGGAGUAG